CCGCACACGUGUCACAUCCCUGGCCCGCGAUGUGCUGAAUCGGAAGAAAAUUCCCGAGCACUAUGACCCAACGGCCCAACAUCUUGGAGUGAGAUCAACGCCUCUUUCCCUUCUUCGUCCCCGAUUCAUUUCAUAUUUUCAUCAGCUCGAAGAUUUUCUCUCUCUAGAACGUUUUUGCAGGGGAAGUCCGCUUUUGAGGAGGAAAAUGCAGGGAGUAACUCUGGUUCAGAGGUUUUCUCGAACCUUCCGCGAGAAUACGUCGUUUUCUAAGCUUCUCAUCGUUCUCACCGUCAGUGGUGGAGGCCUUGUGGCGUACUCUGAUGCAACACAGCAACAGGAUAGCAUUAACCAUCAUGCUUUGACUGAUGCAGCCAACAAGAAAAAGAAAGUGGUUGUACUUGGAACAGGUUGGGCUGCAACAAGUUUCUUGAAGAAUCUUAAAGAUCCCUCAUAUGAUGUCCAGGUGAUAUCACCACGCAAUUACUUUGCUUUUACUCCCUUGCUGCCAAGUGUGACGUGCGGCACGGUUGAAGGUCGCAGUGUUGUUGAACCCAUUCGCAACAUUAUCAGAAAGAAAAACAUAGAUAUGCGUUACUGUGAGGCUGAAUGUAUAAGGAUUGACGCAAAGAACAAAAAGGUAUACUGUAGAUCUAAUUUGAACAACAAUUUGAAUGGGAAAGAAGAGUUUGCAGUAGAUUAUGACUACCUUGUGAUUGGCAUUGGCGCUCGUGUAAAUACAUUCAAUAUUCCUGGUGUGGAAGAACAUACAUUGUUCUUGAAGGAAGUGGAGGAUGCUCAGAGGAUCCGUAGAGCUGUUAUUGAUUGCUUUGAGAGAGCGAGUCUGCCUAACCUCACUGAUGAAGAGAGGAAAAAUAUUCUUCACUUUGUUAUUGUUGGUGGUGGCCCAACUGGUGUGGAAUUCGCAGCACAACUCCAUGAUUUUGUCAGUGAAGAUGUUGUUAGGCUAUAUCCCAAGGUCAAGGAAUUUGUGAAGAUUACACUAGUGGAAGCAACAGAUCAUAUAUUGAACAUGUUUGACAAGAGAAUCACAGCUUUUGCUGAAGACAAGUUUGGGAGAGAUGGAAUUGAUGUUAAAACAGGAUCAAUGGUUGUUAAAGUUUCAGAUAAGGAAAUUUCUACAAAAGAUGCUAAACGAGGGGACAUAACUUCUACACCUUAUGGAAUGAUUGUUUGGUCAACUGGCAUUGGGUCUCGUCCUUUGGUAGUGAAUUUUAUGAAGGAAAUUGGUCAGGGCCAUAGACGCGUCUUAGCAACUGAUGAGUGGUUGAGAGUUGAAGGGUGUGACACUGUAUAUGCACUCGGGGACACUGCCACAAUCAAUCAACGGAAAGUUAUGGAGGAUAUUGCAGUAAUAUUUCGAAAGGCAGACAAGGACAACUCUGGAACACUAACGGUAAAAGAAUUCCAAGAGGUGCUAAAUGAUAUAUGCGAAAGGUACCCUCAAAUGGAUCUCUACUUGAAGAACAACCAAAUGAGUAGCCUGUCUGAUUUGUUGAGAGAACUAAAAGGGGGCAAUGCUAAAGGAUCUGUUGAGAUUAACAUUGAGGAAUUCAAAGCAGCUCUCUCCAAAGUCGAUUCUCAGAUGAAGAAUCUUCCCGCCACUGCUCAGGUUGCAUCCCAACAAGGUGUGUACCUUGCAGAUUGCUUCAACCGCAUGGAGAAGUGUGAGAAGGAUCCGGAGGGUCCAAUUCGGUUCAGGGGGGAAGGGCGCCACCGUUUCCGCCCCUUCAGGUACAAGCAUUUCGGACAAUUUGCACCACUGGGAGGAGAGCAAACAGCAGCACAGCUGCCGUGGGAUUGGGUCUCAAUCGGCCACAGCUCUCAAUGGCUCUGGUAUUCCGUGUACGCAAGCAAGCAAGUGAGUUGGCGUACACGGGCCUUGGUGGUGUCCGACUGGAUGAGGCGAUUCAUUUUCGGGAGGGACUCUAGCCAAAUCUAAUCAUAUGCAUGAAGAAGCUCUUUAUAUUCCUUCAUCCUCCUCCUCCUCCUCCUCCAUACUUGUUCUGCUCGGCACCCUUUCCCAUUUUGCAGCUAUAUAUAAUAAUAGUGACAAUUAAUAGUCAUAAUAAUCGUUUUUUUGGUUUUGGCAGUGAAAAGCCAAGCUACUUUUGAGAUUUAUACUGGAGGUAGAUGAUGGUUCAUCAUUCCUUAGCAUGGUCUAAUGUUGUCAUGAUUUUGUUUGUUAGCCUAUAUAUAUCUUUCCCAAGCUUUAUUGUUC